AUGGCCGAUGAAUAUGAAUCUAUUAAAGAUGAUGGUGCUUCUACUGAUAAAGCUUCAGAGGAAUCCAUAGAACUUGAUGCUGAUGAGUUGAUUGAAGCCUAUGAGGAGAUGGUGUUAGAGCAAAAGAAAUUUGUGGUGAAGAACAAAGAACUACUUGAUACCAUCUAUCGAUUGGAAGCUCAGAAUGAUAAAUUAGAAGAUGAGAUCGAAGUUCUGAAGAAGGAUGUUGCUGUUAAAUCAACUGAAUCAGAUGCUUUGAGGAAUGAAAAUCUGAGGCUAAAAGAUGAGAAUGAUCGUCUUCGAAAAGGAAAAGAAAAGUUGGAUGAUGAAAUUGAAAUUUUCAAGAAGGAUGUUCAUGAGAAAUCAACUGAAGCUGAAAUUAAAGGCUGA